AAGGGGGGUAGGGGAGAUAGGGGGUGUUGAGGACUCUAUGGGCUGGAAAUGGGGCUGGAGGAGUCAAUGGAGGAACCAACAGCUCGACAAGGUGAUGGGGGGAUCCCAAAGGAGCUCGAUGGAUGGAGACGGUGUUGGAGGACCCAAUAAUGGCGUUAAAGGUGAAGGAUGAGGCUCCAGAGCAACUCAAUACCAUAGAGAUGGUGUUGGAGGACUCAAAAGUGCCAUUAAAAGUAAAGGAUGAGGAUCCAGAGCAACUCAAUGUGAUGGAGACGGUGUUGGAGGACUCGUCUAUGGUAUUAAAGAUAAAGGAGGAGGAUCCAGAGCAACUCGAUACCAUAGAGAUGGUGUUGGAGGACUCGUCUAUGGUAUUAAAGGUGAAGGAGGAGGCUCUAGAACCCCUUAAUGUGAUGGAGACGGUGUUGGAGGACUCAAAAGUGCCAUUAGAAGUAAAGGAAGAGGCUCCAAAUGACAUUAAUGUGAUGGAGACGGUGUUGGAGGACUCGUCUAUGGUAUUAAGGGUGAAAGAGGAGCCUUUAGAACACCAGGAAGUGAUGGAGACGGUGUUGGAGGACUCGUCUAUGGCACUGAGGGGGAUAGAGCGGCCCUCUAUGUCAAUGGAGACGGUGUUGGAGGACUCAAAGGUGCCAUUAAAGAUAAAGGAAGAGGCUCCAGAUGACAUUAAUGUGAUGGAGACGGUGUUGGAGGACUCGUCUAUGGUAAUGAGGGGGAUAGAGCGGCCCUCUAAGGCAAUGGAGACGGUGUUGGAGGACUCUAUGAUAGAGAUAAAGGUGAAGGAGGAGGAUCCAGAGCAGCUCGAUACCAUAGAGAUGGUGUUGGAGGACUCAUCUAUGGUAUUGAGUGGGAUAGAGCGGCCUCCCAAGGAGUUGGAGGACUCAUCUAUGGUAUUGAGUGGGAUAGAGCGGCCUACCAAGGUGUUGGAGGACUCAUCUAUGGUAUUGAGUGGGAUAGAGCGGCCUCCCAAGGUGUUGGAGGACUCUAUGGUACUGAGUGGGAUAGAGCGGCCCUCUAAGUCAAUGGAGACGGUGUUGGAGGACUCAUCUAUGGCAUUAAGGGGGAUAGAGCAGCCUUACUUGGAGGACUCUAUGGUACUGGGGGGGAUAGAGCGGCCUACCAAGGUGUUGGAGGACUCAUCUAUGGUACUGAGUGGGAUAGAGCAGCCCUCUAAAUCAAUGGCAACGGUAUUGGAGGACUCAUCUAUGGCAUUAAGGGGGAUAGAGCGGCCUUACUUGGAGGACUCUAUGGUACUGAGGGGGAUAGAGCGGCCUCCCAAGGAGUUGGAGGACUCAUCUAUGGUACUGAGUGGGAUAGAGCGGCCUCCCAAGGAGUUGGAGGACUCAUCUAUGGUACUGAGUGGGAUAGAGCGGCCCUCUAAAUCAAUGGCAACGGUGUUGGAGGACUCAUCUAUGGUACUGGGGGGGAUAGAGCGGCCUCCCAAGGUGUUGGAGGACUCAUGGCCGCCGUUGUCGGUGUGUUACGGGGAGGGGGAGGGGUGAGAAUAAAGAACCUUCGUGUCCCCAAAUCUGGAGGAAA